AUGAGACACACCGGCGGGUUCUACUGUGAUGAAUGGGAUAAUGCAUUCUGGCAAACGAGUUCAAGACUUAACAUUCUACGGAUUUUUCAGUUUAUCACAGCCUUUCGUGGACCUUUAUCGGUAGUUUUAUAUUUUACGAUAUUACUAAGGCAUAAUUCAGCUUCUAUCAUCGUCGAUAUUACUACGCAUUUUCAAACGAAAACAAAACUGGUGAUUUCAAAAGGUUUGAGAAGCAGUGUCACUCAACAUCUGGGCAAAUUAUUGGAUUAUUAG